GAAAUUUGUUGUCUUAAAGAAUUUUAGAACGUGAGGGCAGAAAAGAGUCUAGAAUAAUAAAACUAGUGUAAAGUAUACCUUAUUCAAAGUUAAAAACUUCUAGACUGUUUGAAAGGGAAUAGUCGUAGCUUAAUCAGCUGAAGCUUUGAGUAAUCUACAUUAUUUAUGAUUCUUCAAUAAUACAUAUAAGAAUUUAUAAGCAAAUCUUUCUUCACUUAGUGGUGAUAGCAGUUGAGAGAAGUGUUAUUUUUUUAUUCGAAAAACAUACUGAUACAUGUAACAGAAUUAUUACUCUUUUAUUAUUUAAUCCCUUUCCCUUAUAUCCUUUAUAUUGUAAGAUUUAAAAUAUCACUUCAAAACACAAUCCUAGGAUUAAUUUAAGAUACGGUAUUACUGUAAGUAAAACGGAUAUAAAGAUUCGUAAUAAGGAAAACUUAGGCUUAUAAGUAUUAUAGUUCACACAAUCUGCAAUUCAAUCUUUCUUCUAAAUCUUCCCUGGCUUCAACUUGAAAUAUCCUUUCUUAAGCUAUUAAGAGUAAAGUGAAUUUCAGAAAGGAAUGUGUAAUUAUAAUCGAUAUUAACUCCAUUAGGACGGGUAUAAAAAUUCACACAUCCUACACGAAUUGCCGACAAUGUAAUAACGCAUAAUCGUGAUGGAGCAUAUAUCGAUUGCCAUAGUUUUAAGAUUUCUUUUAAGAUGUCUCUCAUGUAGGAAACUCCAUUACAUUUCUUUCAAUUUUUCUAGAUAGCUUCAAAAGUAAUAGUUCUAAAAUACAGAUUAGUGAAUCUUGUUUUAUUUCCCAGUUCCUUUUUUCAGUUCGAUUAUCUACUUUAUAUAAAAUACUUUUUUUUUGGGAUAGAAAGGUGGGAGAAUAGGAAUAGAAGAGAGAGCGAGAAAGAAGAGAUAGAGUCGGAAAGUCUUAGAGUAAGAAAGAGUAAGAUAAGAGAGCAAGAAUGAUAAAUUGGGAGAAGGAAAUAAAUUCAACUGACUACUUUGCAAAAAACUUUUCUCUUGACGAUUUGGAAAAGUUCCUCAGGCAACAUCAAGAAACCAAUUUUAAAAAACCCGAAGUUGCUUUGGCAUUCAUAUUAUCUAUUUUGGCUCUGUUAUUAAAUGCCUCUUCAUUAUUUGCUAUGUACAAGGGUAAAGGGAGAAAAAUGUCAGCCAAUGCUCGUCUCCUUGUGAGUUUAGCCGUAGCCGAUAUGUGCGUUUCAGUUUCCGUUUUCUGGCAAAUAGGAAUGGGGGCCAGUGUUAAGCGAAAUGAUUGUCUCCAUAUUGCACACAGAUCGUUCAGAACAAGCUCUCAUGUCGUGUCUCUCUUAAAUCUCUGUUGUUUGGCAGCUGACCAUUAUUGUGCUAUUGUUUGGCCUUUACACCAUGCCGCUGUGGUAUCCACCGAAAGGAUAAAAUUGGCAAUAUGCCAAAUAUGGCUAAUAAGUCUUUUAGCCGGUUAUUCUCUAUUCCUUCCAACCUCCAAAGGCAAUGACCCACGUUGCGAAAACACUACAUAUUGCCUGCGUUUAUCUUGUAAAGGUUACGACAGUGAAUAUUUCAUUUUUGUCCUGACUCCAAUUAGCCUCAUAGUUAUGUCUGUCCUCUACGCUGUCAUUUUUGUGAAAAUACGAGAUAUGCCUGGGUUUACUCAUGGAAGGCGAACAGUUCAAAUGGAAAGAAACAGGAAGGGGUUGAUUACAACCCUAAUUAUAUUGGCUACGUUUUGCUUCUGUUUUCUUCCUUAUUGCAUUUUUGAGAUAUAUACCAUAAUUGGUCUUAAAUUGGAUGGAAGUCGUCACUUGCAUUACAUACAAUGGGCGAUGCACCUGGACUAUUACUUUUACGAUUUGUUGUUGCUUAAUUCUCUGGCAGAUCCUAUUAUAUAUGCAAUACGCCUCAGAGAGGUCCGUGUUGGCUAUAGGAAGAUAAUGAGACAUUGUUUUACUCCUGUAGACAGACCCCCUGUUAACUCUGAAAUAAAUACAAGAAGUUUGAAUACUUUCGUCCCGUUAAAAAAGAACAUACAACCUAAUUAUCACCCAGUUACCGCUGAGAUUCGAACAACUGGAUCUGAAAUGCUUUAAUUAAUUGCUGGAAGAAAAACAGAAAACCAAACAUACCACAAAAGUAGUGUAAGAUAAAUCAAUAAUCUCUUCGUUGUGCAUUUUUUCUCCCGAUGUUGUCGCUGAAUACGUAAAUGAUAAUGAUAAGGAUAGAAAGUUACAAAGGAAAAGAAAUGAAGUGUUUUAAAGACAUUCAUUAUGAUCGUCUCCAAACAGGAAAUAAGGAGAGGGUAGGAAAAAAUUUCCAUUUAAGAAAGUUUCCUUUGACAGUAAUCUAAUCCGUCAAUAACCAUUUAAAACAAAAGUCGGUUAAUUGACGUUUUUUGGUAUAAAAAUUCGUCAAAAUGUCACAAUAUGCUUUAUCAUAAGUUGAUAGAUUUCUUUCUUUCUAUUUUUCUUAUUGAUCCCUAUUUUCUACGCCCGAGUAAUUAGUAUAUACUAAAAAUUGCAUUCAUUUUUCCUUAUUGUCAUCUAUUUAACCUAAAUUCUGUAAUGGACUUUUACAAUAACAAUAAUUAGAACUAUUUAAAAAGAAAAAAAAUACACAAUGGCUAAAUACUGGAAUAUAAAAAUGCCUACCUUGUAAAUAUAGCCUGUAGAUGGCGAAAGAGUAUAUUAAAACGGAUAAAACAGAAAUGAAAAGUUAAAAGUGCCACCUGUAGUCAAACUGCAAAAGAAUUUCGUGUUUUCUCACUAAUUGGCCGAAUUAGAAAGUAAACCGAUCCGGAAAGAAGAAGAAGAGGAAAAAAAAGAAUAUUUCUAUUUGUUCAUUAACUGUGAUUUUUCUCAACAGAAAAUGAAAUCUACAAUGUAAUUUUGAAAAUAAAUUGCUGAGAAUUUGCCAUUAUUUAUGGCAAAGACAAAAAUUAGAUUUCUU